GAACCUUUUCGAUUGAACUUCCUUCCAAAAAUUUCAGCAGAGAUUCAAGGUACUCUGAUAUAUCGAAGCCUCGAAGAGCAUAUAAUUAUCAAACGCCAGUUAGAAUUUUAUAGAUCUCUCGAUACUCUAUAUAUCUACUUCGAAGUUGCUUGCACAUACGUCGCAGCACAAGAGAAUCGAUAUAUUACAUCGCUUCGAAUAUGCCAUUGUUUCAUGGUAUCUAUUCUUCGUCAGCUCCAAAAGAUAUCGAAAUUACCAUAUGCAACUCAUUGACGGGAAAUCAUGCGACUAAAUACAAAGUUUCUCAAACAUCACUAUGGCAUCAUCCCUCACUCCCAGAAAUUCGACCAUUCUCUCUCGAUCUCCAUAUCCUAAUCGACGAUAAGCAAAAUCUACGGUACUACAUCCUUUUACCUCCACCCAACCAGGAAUCAUUCAACACUUCUCAUUUGCCAACUGUGUCUAGUGUCAUGCCAAUCCGUCGCUGUGACGGAAAGGCUGUCAUUGAAAAAGUCCACAAUGCUUUCGGGAUUCAAAAGUUAAGGGAUUUUACAAGUGGAUUAUGCUAUACCAUUCUCACAGCUCGUUUCGCACCUGAUGUUCCAAUCAAAGUUACCGCUUCCUUUGCAGCUACUUCUUCAAAGUUUACGAACACAACGCCGUACAUAAUACGACCGGCCAUUGAGUUACCUCGAAUAUUAGCAAGUGGCGAUAUAUACCCUAUCGAAUACGGAUCUCACUCUCUCCACGUUGCACCCUACGAUAUGCAAUUCACAAAAGUUUGCAGUGAAAUCUAUGGCUGGUACAUGUACAGCUGGCCUUGGCUUUUGAAUGGUGGUGCGCAGAAAUCUGUACGUAUGAAAGCACAAAAGGAUUGUCAAAUACUAGCUCAACAAUGCCGUUGGAGAAUUGGAGGAUGGUUACUUGAUCAACAAAUUCAGGAAUUUUAUUGUCCUAAUGGAUUGUCUUUUCCAGAAUCUUCAGAUGAUUGGGGUGUAACAGCUUGUCACUCCAGCGAUAAGCCAAUCAUAUCUGCGAAUCCAAAUGAUUACAUUGAAGGGUCAUGGAUCAUGGAUGGUCUUUACAAACGAGCCCGUAUUGCACUUCGUCGUAAAUAUCUGAUGGAAUUUCCAUGGUUUGAACUCUCAAGCUUAAAGCGCAAAGUGGAAUAUGAUAUCGGAUUUUUGCACAUGGCAUGGCAAUUGGUGGGCUACCCAUAUAUGCAAAGUAAUAACGAGGAGAAUAUUCAUGUCGAAACACUGCAAGAUAAGGAGAUAAUACAAUUUCAUAACGCGGAUGUAUAUGAUUUGGUGAGGCGUUGGCCGGAGGAGGAUGAGAGUGUAGGAAAGAAAGAAAGAUUGCAGAGGAGGAUAGAAAAGCAACGUCCACAUAUCAAUGUGGAUGUUAAUGCUAUGCCUCAAAGCUGGAGAGAUUUGAUGAGCCUUGAUGAAUAGUAUUUUUUAUCAUUCCUCAUUAGAAGUUUCAUAAAGCAUGGAGUUUUUGGUAUCAAGCUUUGGGUAGCGACUUGAAUUACAUGAAGUAUCA